ACCUGACACAGCCAGUCAGAUGAAGCCGUUAUUACAAAAGACUUUCCACUUUCGUCAUUUGGCUACUUUUCCGCAGCUUGACUUGACUAUGAUUUCACCUAUGAAGAUGACACCGCUGUGGAUACUUAUCUUAUAUCUGAACACAAUAACUCCAGCCCAAGCUGCGGAUUUUUCUGGACCAUUGUUUCUUUCCGUGAAAUCUGGGGAACAUAUUACUCUUAACUGCCCAUUUGGACCCCUUCAAACAUCUGUGUUCUGGUACAAACAAAGAGCUGGAGAAAUGCCUAAAAAAAUAGGAAAAAGAUUAGCGUAUAAGGAUAUCGACAUUUCUCCUGAGUUCAAGAUGUUAGGAUUUAAAUUCGAGAUGACCGACGGAGAAAACAUUUCUCUGACAAUUCCACAUUUAAAAAAAGAAGACGGAGGACUUUACUACUGUGGAAAAAGUUUCAUGGACAAUUUUAUAUUAGCCAGAGGAACGUACUUGACUGUAACAGAUAACAGAGAUGUAAAUUUCAUGGUGUUGCAGCGCGGCGUGUUGGACUCAGGAGCCUCAGUGACUCUGCAGUGCUCGGUUCUCUCUGAGAGCAGAGCAGCAGAACUCCAAGUGCUCUGGUUCAGAGCUGCUCCACCACAAUCCCAUCCUCAAAUCAUUUACACUCAUCACAACAGCAGCCAUCAGUGUGAGAGCGGCUCUUCUACACACACCUGUGUGUACAACUUCACCAAGAACAUCCUCAGCCUCAAUGAUACUGGAACUUACUACUGCGCUGUGGCCCUGUGUGGGAAGAUCAUAUUUGGGAACGGGACACAAGUACAGCUGGCUUCAGUAAAAUCUGAAGACCCUGUAGUGAUCUGCCUUGCUGUAGCUUUGGGAGUGUGCGUGGUUGUGAUCUUUGCUCAUAUCACAACCUGUACAUGGAGAAACUGUGAAUAUUUCACUGUUAAAACUUACGAUUCAGUUAAAAAUACGAUGAAGGAAGCAGCAAAUCAGAACCGUGAUGCCAUGGAGCUGAGUUUUGCUGCUUCACACGUCAAUAAAAGACAAAGAAAGACAGAGCGAGCUCAAGAUAACGUGUAUACUGAAGUGAUUUACUCUUCUGUUUCCUAGAUCUUAUGUUAUCUUCAUGUCCUUCUGGGUUUCCUCCAAGUUCCUUGUUUUCUCUGACCUUCCAAAAACAUUGUAGUAGGUGAACUGGUGAAAAUAAUUUGUCUGUAGGUGUGUGUGUGUGAUUGUCUGAAUGUGUAUAUUCAUGGUGUCCAUGUUUUGAAGAUCAUCUUGUUGCAUGAAGACAUUAAAGUUCCAUUUGUCUGAUUUCUGUGAUCGUUGCCUUUUAGUCAUGACUAAAUUUAAAUGUAUCCUAGAAACAUGUCUGAUACAGUAUUUAGGUCUGAUUUAACAUUUAACAACAUGUCCUCGUGACUAUAAAGGAAACCUAGCUAAAAGUUUGUAAAUAU